AUGAUAUCGUACUCUGAAGUCGUCUCUCCUAUCCUCGUUGCACUAGCAGUAUGGCUUUGCUUGAGGUUCUUCCUCGCUAAAUCCCCACUCUCGAACAUACCGGGCCCUCGUAACGCAUCAUUGAUAUCAGGAAACUUCAAGCAACUGCUUAAUCCGAAUAGCUGGGGCUUCCAUCGAGAGCUCAGGGAUGCGUACGGAGGCGGAGGCGUUCGCAAGCUACAUGGGUUGCUCGGAAGCGAACAACUUUAUGUUUUCGACCCUCUUGCGUUGCAUCACAUCUUGGUCAAGGAUCAGAGUGUCUUUGACGAGACGCAGGCCUUCCUGGUGAAUAACAAGGUCAUCUUUGGCAAUAGCCUGCUGUCGAGCUUUGGUGAGGAACAUAGGAAACAACGGAAGAUGCUCAAUCCUGUAUUUUCCACCAAGCACAUGCGCGAAAUGCUUCCCAUGCUGUAUCCAAUCGCAUAUGCAUUACGAGAGAGAGUUGCAAAUGACGUCCGGAGCGCAACUGGGUACGUUGACGUUAUGGGUUGGAUGUCUCGUGCUGCACUGGAGUAUAUCGGCCAAGGUGGCUUGGGACAUUCCUUCGCAUCACUUGAUGAAAAGAAGAAGAUAGACCCCUAUAGUGAUGCAUUGAAGAUGGCCUUCCCUCUACUUCUAAGAACCGCAUUUCUUCGGGAAUUCACGCCUUGGUUGGUCAGGUUUGGCUCCCCAGGGCUCAGACGACGUAUCCUGGAGAUGAUUCCGGCUAGUCUGGUCAAGGAUCUCGUCAGCGUAGCUGAUACCCUUGAGGAAUCGUCUGAAGAUAUUUUACGCAAAAAGCGUCAAGCGAUUGAAAAAGGAGAUGAGGCAGUCCUUACCCAGGUCGGAAAAGGAAAAGAUAUUAUGAGCAUUCUCCGUAAGCCUAAAAAGAUGUCUCUUAAAAAUAGCCCGGUGGACUCUGCUCACAUUCCUGUUAAAUAUAGUACAUUCAUUCUCGCGGGACAUGAUACAACGACAAAUGCCAUCAGCCGUAUCAUCGACUGCCUAGCUCAUAAUCAGGAUUACCAAUCCAGACUUCGCGAAGAACUCACUGAAGCGUACCAAAAACAAGGCGAGCUCGACUAUGACGCCUUGCAAGCGCUUCCGGUACUCGACGCCGUCUGCAGAGAGACGCUUCGCGUACACUGUCCAGCGCUAAUGAUCAAUCGUGUAGCGACGAAGGACGUCAUACUGCCGCUCAUGUGGCCCAUUAAAGCAAAAGACGGAAAGAGUGAAAUCAGGGAAAUAUUUGUCCCGAAGGGAACCGAGGUGUAUGCAUCUAUUCUCAACGCCAAUACUAGCAAAGAAAUCUGGGGUGACGACGCAGACCAAUGGAAACCAUCACGCUGGUUGAACCCUUUGCCAGAGAGUGUCGCGAAUGCGAAACUUCCCGGAGUAUAUUCCCAAAUGAUGACCUUUGCUGGUGGUUCAAGGGCGUGCAUCGGGUUCAAGUUUUCUGAGAUGGAGAUGAAAAUGGUUCUGUCCGUACUUAUCAGAAACUUCGUUUUCGAGCCUGGUCCUGCCGUGCGCUGGGAGUUCGGGCUGAUAGCAAUGCCGUUCCUCGAGUCGUCUACGGAUGGUGCUCCUAAGCUUCCUUUGAAGGUGUCUUUUGCAAACUAA